AUGGCUACUUCCGACUCUUCGCUUUUCGAGAAGGAGGAUCAAAAGGAACAAGCUAAUUACCCAUUCGAGGAAAAAACCGAACGAGGUGACGAUGCCCAUGCUGAACGUGCCUCCGAAUCAGACGAGGCUAGCCGAGAAGAUGCGCCUAAGAUUGAGAAAUCUGGAAAGCGCGAACUCACCGAAGAUGACUGCUACGAGUCAUUGGGCUUCUGCUUUCCAACGUGGAAGAAGUGGAUGAUUCUCACGGUUAUCUUCGUGGUGCAGAUGUCCAUGAACUUUAACUCGGGUGUCUACUCCAAUGCCGUGCCUGGCCUGACGAAGGAAUUCGGUAUCAGUGAACAAGCAGCCCGGGUUGGACAGUCUGUUUUCCUCGUGGCUUAUGCCUUUGGAUGCGAGCUUUGGGCUCCCUGGUCAGAGGAGUUUGGUCGUUGGCCUAUCAUGCAGCUCUCGUUGUUCUUCGUGAAUAUCUGGCAAAUCCCUUGCGCUCUUGCGCCGAACUAUGGGACCAUUGUCGUUUGCCGUAUUCUGGGUGGCCUUAGUUCGGCUGGUGGCUCGGUCACUCUCGGUAUGACUGCCGAUAUGUGGGAAGCUGAUGACCAGGGUUUUGCCGUCGCCUACGUAGUGCUUUCAUCCGUGGGUGGCUCGACUAUCGGCCCUUUCUUUGGUGGUAUCAUCGGACAAUACCUCUCAUGGCAUUGGGUCUUUUGGGUCCAGUUGAUCUUUGGCGGUGCCACUCAGGCUCUACACUUCUUCCUUGUCCCCGAGACACGAGCGUCUAUCCUGGUAGACAAGGAAGCGAAGCGCCGCCGGAAGAGUGGUGAAGAGGAAGUCUAUGGCCCUAACGAGCUCAAAUCUCCUCGUCUGGAUGCAAAGGAAGUACUGAAAAUCUGGUCCCGACCUUUCGAAAUGUUUCUCCGUGAACCCAUCGUCCUGUUCCUAUCUCUACUUUCCGGUUUCUCCGAUGCCCUAAUCUUCGUCUUCACCGAGUCCUUUAGCCUAGUCUUUGAGCAGUGGAACAUGAGCACCCUCGCCGUCGGUAUGACCUUCGGCUCUAUCUUACUCGGAUACAUCAUCGCAUACGUGAUGUUCCUCCCAGACGUAUAUCGCCAAAUCCAAACGCGCCGCAAACACGGCGCUGCAUCUCGAUACGCCGAACGUAGACUCCUACUUCUACUCUUCAUCGCUCCUCUUGAGCCCAUCGGUCUUCUUGGCUUCGCCUGGACAUCAAUGGGUCCCCCAAUCCCAUGGAUCGCGCCCUUGAUCUUCUCCUGUCUUAUCGCUAUGGCUAACUACGCAAUCUACAUGGCCACAAUCGAUUACAUGGUUGCAGCGUACGGUCCUUACUCAGCCUCCGCUACGGGCGGUAAUGGCUUCGCGAGAGACUUCCUCGCUGGUGUCGCAACUAUGUAUGCGACACCGAUGUACGAAAACAUGGGUGGGAAAUACCAUCUCCAGUGGGCUAGCACGCUGCUUGGGUGUGUUGGUUUCCUGGUUUUGAUUCCUAUAUAUGUGUUCUACUGGAAGGGUCCUGAGAUCAGAAAGAAGAGCAAGUUUGCUCAGGAGCUGGCUGCUGAUCGGGAGAAACAUGCCGAUCGGCGAGCAAGUCGUGUUACCCCGGGAGCAACCCCUGCGGCCCAUGGUAGUCAUGAUAUCGCUCAAGAUUAUUUCUCUCGAGCCUGA